UCGUACAAGAAACAACACGAACACGAGAAUUAAAAGAUGGUUAAAAUCAUGAAUGUGAGUAAUGUGGUUGUCCUUGUUCUAGCAGUGAUUACCACAACAUCGCUACUUGGAGCAGAAGCUGGAGAAUAUACAGUGGGAGAUGAGUUGGGUUGGACUAUUCCUCCUGGUGGCGCUGCUACGUACGAAGCAUGGGCUGCCAAGCAUAGAUUGUCCGUUACUGAUUUUAUAAACUUCAACUUUAAAGUUGGAGAACAAGACUUGGCUAUAGUAACCAAGGAGGAUUACGACGCCUGCAACACGGACAACCCCUUAUUUGUAUUCCAAGAAGGCGGAGAGUUUCAGUUUGUUCAGUCGGACACAUAUUAUUUGACCUGCACCUUCGCCGGCCACUGCACCAAAGGUCAAAAGAUUGCUCUUUAUAUUGCUCCCGCUUUUUCUCCUUCUCCAAGUCCAUCUUCAUAUCCAAGUGAAAAAACUGCUGCUCAACAUGCUAAUGCAGUCAAAUUUGUGUCCAAGAAAGGUCAAGGGCUCAAGAAAUUACUGCCUGUGAUGAUGAAGUCCCUCUAAUUCCUUUAUAGCUAUAUAAAGCUUGGGUCCUAGUUAAUUAUAUGCCCUUUACCAAAAAAAAGUUAAUUAUAUGCCAAGAGGAAUAAUAAUAUUUACGAAUAACAAGAGGUACUUGGUAUUUUGUAGUUGUACCAAGUGCA